CGACACCAAGGGAUGGGGCUCUAGUGCCGGGACACCCUAGGAACCCGAGGGCAAGGAAGGAAAAGCCCCUAGCACGCUUGCCGGAGGCUGUGCCAGGCCACGGGCGGUGUUUUUUCUUGGUGCCUCCUGAAGGGCUGUGCAGCAGCCAUGUCGGGGAAGAGGAUAUCGUUGUCAGCUUACAAGAGAAACAAGGCUUUAGCUGGCACUCCAAAGAAGAACGAGCGGAGACUAGGCUUCGGCGAAUCGGUCAGCACACGGGAGGCGCGCGCGCACGAGCUCCAGCUAGAGACCCAGGUUAUCGGGCGACUCGACAGCCUGCUGAAGCGGUGCGGGAGGGAUCCGGGCAGCGACCAGGCAAUCAGCAACUGGCUCUGCGCGGAGGGCCUCGAGGGCCACGCUAAGAAGGGGCUGUCUAGGAUUUUGUGCUACGUUAGGGUGUGGUCCCGAACGUUGCGGGCGGAGGGCGUGUCGCCACAGGACAAGGACAAGGCGGAGGUCAAGGCGAGAGCCGCGUUCAGGGCCUGCGUGUGCGCGAUAAACGCCGUGAACAGUCUCUCCUACAGAUUUGCCGAGAAGAAAAAGUCGCCGGAUGGCGAGAACGAGCUGGUCAAGACGGCGGGCGAGGUGCUGGCCGGCAUGAUGGAGGCCGUCCUCGGCGCGGGAUCCAAACCACGGCGUCGGGGCCUGCACCCCACGGAGCACGCCCAGCUCUCUAGAAUGGUCGAUGCCUGGCUGCAACGCGGCUCGGUUCCCCUGCCGUCCCUGGAGAGCAUCGGGAAGCAGCUGCUGGCUCUCGAUCCCGGCGGCGACCCGGUCGUUUCGCCCGACCGCAACGGUGCAAGAGCCGGCAAGGGCAAGACCUCGAAUAAGCGAGCCGCGUGGGUUCGAGUGCCGGCCGCCGCCGCCAUCGGUGAUUCCUUGGAGGGCAAGCAAUCGCCAGGAGACGUGGCUCGCCUGUCGCCGCUGCGUCACCAUUCCUCCGGUGGUGCUGGUGGUUCGGCGGCGUCAGCGGCGGGUGCUGCUCCGCAGACGGAGGCCGAGCGCCACGCGAGCCUGGAGUCCGUUCUGACGGACGUGCUGGCUCGCAACGUGGCUGUGCCCGGGGCCUGGUGGGCGCAGGCGUUCCAGGGUGGCGGGCCGUUCCCGCAGGGGCCGGAGGGGUGCUGGUCGCUGCAGUACCAGAGGGCUAACGAAGACCCGGGGCACCGUCGAAAUCAGGUCACGGGGCUGAUCGGGGCCGACGGGGAUCAUCGCUUCGGGGCCGGCAGCGGCGUAGACCUUGGGAGCGUGAAGACGGAGGCGGCGGACGCCGAUGGGCUUGACAGUGACGGCGGGGCUCCCUCGACGCCGUCGACUGUUCCGAGCGAGGCGUCGCCGUCGCCGGAAAGGGUGUCCCCGGUGCCGGAGGCGAAGACGGAGGAGGGCAAGAACUUGGCGACUAUUAGUCCCGCCGCCGCUCCCGCCACUGUCGGGAGCGUUGAGAACGGGACGGUGGCGCCGGCAGCAGCCCGGGCACAGAAAGGGGGAGCGGGGGGCGGCGCCGGCUCGAGCUCGCCCAAGAAGGCCAGGCUAUCGAAGCGCGAGCAGGAGCAGGAGGAUAGGCGUCGUCGGAAGGAGGAGGCCCGUCGCGCCGGCAAGGAGAAGGGCAAGGCGAAGGCGCUGGAGAGGGAGCGGCAGAAAAAGGAGAGGGAGAUGCAGAGGCAGGAGAUGAUCGCGGCGUCGAGGAGGAAAAAGGCGGAGGAGGAGGCCGCCAGGAAGGAGGGGAAAGAGGCCAAGGAGAGGGCUGACAGUCUCGCGCGCCGUACCAAGCUGGAGGAAGAGGAGGAGGACGCCGCUGCCGCUGCUGCUGCCGCUGCUGCUGCCGCUGCGCGAGGCCGCGAGAAGGACCGAAGGCGGUACCAGGCGAGGGGGGAGGCGGGAGAGGAGAGCCGCGGCGACGAUAGUAGGUCCAAGGACGGGCACGACCGCGCCGCCAAAGACAGGGAGAGGAGAGACAAGGGCGGCGCUGACGGGAGAGGUGCUUCGAGGGACAACAAGGAGCGCAUGAGCGGGCGUGGAAAAGACGAGGGCCGGCACAGCGACGCUGCCGGGAGGCUAGACAAGGAGGACCGCGAGAGAGGAGGUGCCGAGGGGGAUCGUGCGUCGGGUCGGCGCGAUAAGGCUGAGGGCCGGCGGCAUCACGAUCUCGUCGAGGGUUCGCGAGGGGGCAGAGAGCACGAGGAUCCGUAUGAGCGGCAGCGUGGUGAGGAGAGGGGGAGGGGGGACGAGUGGAGGAAGAGGGGCUCGUCGUCGCAGCGGGCGAGAGAGCCGGACUUCGCGGCCGAGGGCGUCAGGAGGAAGUCCGACAACAGCCGGGAGCGCGAAGGCGGCGAGCGGAAGCGGAGGAGGAGCGACCUCAGUGAGUCGGAGGGGGCCAGCAUCAGCGCCAGGCAUGACGACAGGCACCCUGACGACCACGCCGAAGAUGACCACAACAGCAGCAGCACUCACCGGCCGAGCAAGAAAAAGAGCAAGAAGGACAAGCGGGACAAGAAGGACAAGAGGGGAGACCGGCACUCGGAGCCCCACGACCGGCCGGGCCGGGCGGGGAGCUCGGAGUCAUCGCGCAAGCGCUCGCGCGACUUCGACGCGGCCCCGCCGCUGGAAGGCUACGCCGCCGUCGCCCUGCAACCGGACCCCCUUCAUCGUAGCACGGAGACCCGCAGGCACCGGUCGGAGCAGGAGUCGGGACGCACCAGCAGCGAGCUCAGGGACGCACCGCGACAGAGUCGCUCGAGGGCGGACUCAGGCCUGUCGCCGAGGCGGGACGAUGGCCACGGCGGGUCGGAGAAGAGUGCCAGGCGCGGUAGCAACGGUGGCACCGGAGACAGCCACGCCGGUCAGGGCCGAACCGGCACCAGCAGAGAACGGCCGUCGGCGCGCAGGGGCGCGGCGCCGCGCGAUUCGGUCGCCGGUGCGUCCUUCUCUGGUGGCAACGGCGGCGGCGGCGGCGCUCUGCCCGGCAUGGAGGGUUACGGCUCGGCGUCCUCACCGCCCGCAAGCUUGGAGUUUAGCGGCGGCGGCCUCGGCGGCAAGGCGAGCGAGAGAGGGCGUGAUGCCCACGACAGGCAGGGGCUGGGAAGCUUGAAGACGCUGGAUGCCUACGGGCCGGGCCUGGGCAGGGACAGCUCCCCGGAUGGCGGUGGUCGAAGGAGGAGACGCGACGGCGGGAAGGAUGGCGGAGUCCGCCCGCGACUGGCGUCAUCCGUGGACCGGUAUUGGCCGGGCGUGGAUAGCCACGGCCGCGGGGGUGGGGGUAGAUCCGACAGGGAUCGCUCGGACAGGGAUAAGUCCGGCAGGGAUCGCACAGAGAGGGAUCGCUCCGAGAAAGAUCGGUCUGAGAGGGAUCGGUCUGAGAGGGAUCAGAGGGACCGAUCUGAGAUGGAUCGCUCAGAGAGGAGUCGCUCAGAGAGGGGCUCCGAGCUGGACUACUUGCGCGUGGCAGAUAUGAAUGGCAGGGAAUCUUCGGGUCGGCGUGCCGAUAUUGGUUCGCACCCUUCGAGCUCGUCCAAUGCUCGCGGAAGCCGCUGGUCCCCUGAGAGAGGGACACAGUCCACGGCUUCGCGGGACGGAACCAACCGGCGGCGCCCGGGGUCCCCUGCUAGGGAUGACUCUCGAGGUCGCCGUUCCAGCUCUCGCGACGGGCGGCACUCGAAGAGCGGCGGCGGUGUGAGCACCGGCGGAGGCCGCUCAGCCGCGGGUGGCAUGGGCAACCUGAGCAUGGGGAUGGGCGUGUCCAUCAUCGGCGGGACCCCCGUCCUCAUGCCCGUCGCGAAAAUGAUGGAGGCGUCCCUGCGUGGCGGAGGCGGCGGCGGCGACCGGCAUUCUGCGAGCGGUGGCAGUAGGCUGGACGACCGGGACCGGGACCGCGAGCGGCACGGCACCAGCAGGCGGGAAGACGAGCGCGACGACCGCUGGGGCGUCAGGUCGCGCUCGGAGGACGACCGGGACCAUGGGGGGGGGGGCGUUCGGAGGACCGCAGCCGGCGCAGCGUAGGCGACGGCGCUGACAUCCACAGGAGCAGGGCCGACAGCAGAGACGAAGCGCA